UCAGACAUUCCUUGAAACGUCACUGAAAAAAAACUCAAGUGCCUCGAGAUUUUUUUUUGUAAAGGACUAAAAACUAUGAAAUAAUCCUUCUUCCACGUAGUUUAAAGUGCAAAUAGUUAGUUAAGGAGUUGAAGAAAAAGUGAGUGAGUGAAGAGUGAUUGCAGGUGUAGCGGAAGUGGUGGAAAAAGUGUCUGAAAAUCGGCAUGAUUGUGGAAUGCAGCAACUGAAGUAUCGAGGCGCGGUUGCACAAUUUUCGGGUGGAGAAAAUCAGUUGCCACACAUUCCAAAGGGGGAAGCUCUGGCUGAGAGAGAUUUUGUGUCUUUAGGUUGGAAUAUGGUGGAUAUCCUGAAAAUGCGCCCCUUCCGUCGAAAGAAGUCCAAGAAGCAACUCCCCGUGAAGGUGAUCACAUUCGAUUCUGAGCUGGAAUUCCAUCUGGAACAUCGAGCUACGGGGCAAUUUCUCUUUGAAUUGGUUUGUCAGACAAUUGGUCUGCGGGAAACCUGGUACUUUGGGCUGCAGUAUGAAGAUUCCAAGGGUAAUCUGUCGUGGCUGAAGAUGGACAAAAAAGUCCUCGAUCAGAGUGUCAAUUUGUCCAAUGAAGGUGGAUGCGUCUUUAUGUUCUAUGCCAAAUUUUUUCCCGAAAAUGUCAAUGAGGAACUUGUCCAGGAAAUCACUCAGCACCUGUUCUUCCUCCAAGUGAAACAGGGCAUCCUCUCCAUGGACAUUUACUGCCCACCCGAAGCUUCAGUUCUCCUUGCCUCGUACGCUGUCCAAGCCAAAUACGGCGAUUACGAUGAGGAGAACUGCAAACCAGGCCUUCUGGCUAGUGAAAAUCUUCUUCCACAGCGAGUCAUUGAUCAAUAUCAGAUGACUCCGCGAAUGUGGGAAGAUCGUAUCAAAAUCUGGUACUCAGAUCACAAGGGAAUGUCCAGGGAUGAGGCAGAGAUGGAAUAUCUCAAAAUUGCUCAGGAUCUCGAUAUGUACGGAGUUAAUUAUUUCCCUAUAACUAAUAAGAAAAACACCGAGCUCUGGCUCGGUGUGACAGCAAUGGGACUGAAUAUCUACGAGAAGAAUAACAAAUUGCAGCCAAGGACAACGUUCCAAUGGUCAGAAAUCCGGCAUAUUGGCUUCGAUGACAAGAAAUUCACCAUAAAACCAGUAGAAAAUAAAUCUCCCAAUUUCAUCUUCAUCUCCCAGAAGCUCAGAAUCAAUAAAUUGAUUCUCGAUUUGUGCGUUGGGAAUCAUGAUCUCUUCAUGCGACGGAGGAAACCAGACACAAUGGAGAUUCAGCAGAUGAAGGCUCAGGCCAAGGAAGAGAAGCAACGAAGACAAAUUGAGCGCAAUAAAUUGUCUAGGGAAAAACAACUGAGGGAACAAGCAGAACGGGAUAAGGCCAAUUUAGAGCAGAGAUUGAUGCAACUCCAGGAAGAGAUGCAGAAUGCCAGUGAAGCUCUCAGACGCUCAGAGGAAGCGGCAGAGAUUUAUGCAGAAAAGAGUAGAGUGAAUCAGGAGCAGAUGAUUCUGACAGAACACAAAGCGCACACUUUCAAGCAAGAGAUGAAUCGCUUAAGAGAGACAGCGCUCAAAACUGAGAAGGAGAAGGGUGACUUGGAGAAGAGGAUCAGGGACACGGAAUUCUACGUGGCAAAAUUGACUGAGGAGAAGGAGAAGCGUUCAGCAGAGGCGGACAAACUCAAGAAGGAGUUGAUGUACGCCAGAGCAGCUGAACGCGAUGCCACGCAGAAACUUCUAUCAUUCCUCAGCCGAAGUGUCAAUCAAAGUUCCUCCGUUGAGCCAUCUAUCAGUGGCAGUGAUGUCACUGAAUCCCAGAUCCUCGACGUUGAACUCUGCCACUAUGACGUCAUAGCGGGAGGGGACAUGGAGGAGAUUGACCGGGAAAUAGAGAAGGAGCGGUAAGGGCACUCUGCUGCGCCUCAGAAAAAAAAAGAAAAAUCGGGACUCAUUACCCUGAUUUGUUUGCAGUGUUGAAUGCUUGGAGAAAUCCAAGCAGGUUCAGCAUCAACUGCGGGAGCUUCGGUCUGAGAUUGAGCUGCUGAAAAUUCAGGAGAAUCAGUGCGUGCUGGACAUCAUAAAUGCUGACCAGUUGCGCCAGGGUGAGACGAAGUACUCAACACUGAAGAAGCUCAAGUCCGGCUCCACAAAGUCCAGAGUGGCCUUCUUUGAGGAGCUGUGAGUGCUGGGGCUUUGAUUUGGGGUGGGUAGAGAAAUGCUCUCUGGUGCCUUUAAUGUGCCUGUCCGUAACACUUUUUUUUGUACAUUUUCUACAAAAGAAAAAUGAUUAACAGAUAAAAAGUCUUCGAUAUAAAUUAUUUUUGUACCUACUCCACAAGAAAACACUCUUUAAAAAAUGAUAAAAAAAACAAACCUUUCCGAAAAAAAGCAAAAUUCCUGCAAUUCUUUUUUUUAGUAAUAACCCACAAAAAUAGAGUUUAUUUUAGCGAAAAAAAUAUAUGAUACAAUUUUAGAUAAAA